AUCCGGGGUACUAGUCCAAAAGGGACAGAACAGAAAUAGUGUUAUUCAUCUGUAUAAAUUGAAUGAACGUUUUUCCUCACGUUGAAAGAAUAAAAAAAACCAUUAUAAUUAUAAACUAAUUAAAAACAAGUGAGGUUUACAAAUAUCGAACAAAUACAGAAUAUAAAAGUUGAAAGUUAUUACAUAUUUAUAUUUGUAUAAGUACAAUUUGACCAAUAUUGUUUAACAUAAAGUAGUUAAGUAGUUUAUUACAAAUAUAAAAAAUGUCAAAAGUUACAUUUUCUCCACGAGCUUGUAGUAAAAUAAUUUUACAUGCUACAAAAUACCCGCACUGUGCCAUAAAUGGACUUUUAUUAGCCAAACAAAAAAAUAAAAAUGAUAUGAAACUAACAGAUAUUUAUAUUCAAGAUGCUAUUCCACUUUUUCAUCAAUGUUUACAUGUGUCUCCAAUGGCAGAAAUAGCUCUUACCCUGGUAGAUCAAUUUUCGGAGCAAAAUGAAAUGGUGAUUGCGGGUUAUUAUUUAGCUAAUGAAUUAGUAAAUGACAUGAGUACGGAUAAACCAGCUCAUAAGAUAGCAGAUAAAAUAGCCGAAAAUUUUAACAAUGCUUUAUUAGUUGUUGUAGACAAUAAAGAAAUGACGUGCAAUAUGAAUUCUAUUCCACUUAAAAUUUCACAACAUUCUGAUGGAAAAUGGAAAGUCAAAGAUAAAGCUGAUGUUUCGUAUGAAGGUGGAGAUGCUGCUGUAGAAACAAUAUCUACUUUGAUGAAAGAAAAUAAGUAUAACAUUCUGUUUGAUUUCGACAAUCAUUUGGAUAAUAUAACUUUAGAUUGGCGUAAUAACAAUUUAAACAAAAUUAUAAAUAAAACUAUGGCGUACAAUAAUGAAAUUCCAUCAUGAAAGCUCAAAAUAUUUUUUUAAUCAUUCAAUUAGCAUUUGGUAUUUAGAGCACAGUUGAUUGAUAAAUAUUAAAAUAAUAUUAACAUCAAAAAGUUCGUAUAAAUUUCAAUUUCAUAAUUUUUUCAUAUAUAAUUAUAUAAAUUUUAAUUAACAGUAAAAACUUUAAUAUAUUAUAUAAUUUGUAACAAUUUAAUUCCUUACCAAAGAUUGGAAAAUACCAAUAAAUAAUUAUUUCUGACUUGAUUGUAAAGAGAUUAUAAAGUUAUUUUUUUUAAUAAAUCCCGUGUUGCUUUAUAAAAAUUUUUUGUUAAUUUUUUUGAUAAUUCAAAUCUCCAUAUUUUGUUUAAAAAAAAAAUUGAAGAGUAAUUCACUCAUUCGUUAUUAAAAGCUGUAUUAUAAAGAGAAAAUUGAUUUUUUAUUAUUCAUAAUAAAGUAAUAUAUAAAUGAAUUGUUUUCUUGAAAAAAAAAUUUUUUUAUAUAACUUAUCCGAUGUAAAAUUAUCAAAAAAAAAAAAAAAAAAAACAGUUUAUACUGAUACUUCAAAAGAAUUGAGAUAUGAUGAUUUAAUUAGCAUCAAUAAUAUCAAUAUUACAAUUAUGUACAUUAAAAUUUCAAGGAAAAAUAAUUAUUACUCAUUAAAAGCACGUAACACAUAAAUUAAAAUAUUUUAUUUACAUUUCAACAUUGUUUUAAAUUUCCAUAUAAAUAUGUAAUGUGAUUUACAAAUAUAGUAAUGUAAUAGUAAAAUUUUGUUCUGAAAUUAAACUUGAAUUGAUUAUUGCUGUAUAAAAAAAUAUUGUUAAAUAUAUUUAUAAUGAAGUACACAUUUUAUAAAUAAAUAUUGUAUCAUUCCAUAAAUUUCUUCAAUCACAAAUUUCAUGAACUUUUGUCAUUGUCUGAACUGAUAAAAUAAGUCGACAUAUCAAAUGAUGAACAAUGAAGUGUUGAAAUAAAUAUUAGAAGAAAACAGUGUA